AAUACGGCUAUGUCGCUGGUGACGCUCGUCGAGCAGCUCGCGCUCUUGGGACAGAAGAUGGACCGAGAUAAGACAAAGAUACUUGUGUUGGAUCUUGCAAGUGGACCGGAUUGAUCUGAAUAUUCUAUUAGAAAUGGCUGCUUGACUUUAUCAUAUGAAGUUCUCUGGUCAACUUUAAGACACAUUUUCAAAUAACUAGACUUUUGAUCACAGACAUGGCAACAUCAAACUCAACAUUCCUGACUUGUUCAACCUCUCUAAUCGAUCUUACUUAAAGGUUAAACCUUUAUAAUCUUUUUGAUUAGCUCAAAGGAAGUACAAGAAACCAUGGAUCAUGAUCUCGAGAAAUUCCCGUUACUCUCUUACGUCCUUCACCAAUUCAACUCCGAUCACCACGCGCCGCCGUCUAUGGCGGUCCAACAAACUCUAGCUCCUUCUUUUCCUCUUCUCUCCGAUCAAGAAAUCAUCUCCUCGUUGACUAAAUCCAUCCCCACCACCAUCACGCAGACGCUUUCCGUCUUGGCCUCUCUCGGAUCACGACCCGACCCGUCUGCGGUUUCCUCUGCUCGGUCCAAGAUCGCGCAGGUUCUUCGGAAGGAAUCGCUCUCGCCGGAGGAAGCAGCGAAGGAGGCGGAGAUUUACGCCGGGGUUGUUCGGUUAGAGGAGGUGCACGAUAGCUACGAGAAGCAGCUGAGGAGUUUGGAGGAGGAGCUUUCUAAGGUUUAUGCCACGGCGGUGGAGUCGCUGUUGAGAAGCCGCGAAGAAGUGAACGAGGAGGUUGUUGCGGUGCUCAAGGCGGCGGAAUCCGGCGGAGUCGUUGAGAGGAUCGAUCUCUCCGGCCAUGAACUUAAGCUUCUCCCUGAAGCUUUUGGAAAAAUCGUUGGCUUAGUUUCCUUAAAUCUCUCUUGCAACGACUUAACGUUUAUACCUGAUGCAAUCUCGAAACUAAAGAAGCUAGAAGAGCUCGAUGUAUCUUCGAACUCUCUUGAAUCUCUACCUGACUCUAUUGGAAUGUUGCUUAACCUUAAGAUCCUUAAUGUGACUGCAAACAAUCUAACCGCACUCCCUGAAAGCAUCGCUCAUUGCAGGUCAUUGGUUGAGUUAGAUGCGAGUUACAACAACUUGACUUCACUACCUACAAACAUCGGAUACGGAUUACAGAACCUCGAGAGACUAUCGAUACAGCUGAACAAACUCCGUUACUUCCCAGCUUCGAUAUGCGAAAUGCGUUCUCUAAAGUAUCUCGAUGCACACAUGAACGAGAUCCACGGGAUUCCAAACUCCAUCGGCAAACUAACGAAGCUCGAGGUUCUAAACAUGAGCAGCAACUUCAACAACUUGCUGGGUGUCCCUGACACAAUCACCGAUCUGACUAACCUCAGGGAGCUUGAUCUAGGCAACAACCAAAUCCAAGCGAUACCCGAUUCUUUUUACAUGCUGAAGAAGCUGGAGAAACUGAACUUGGACCAGAACCCGCUCGAGAUCCCGUCUAAAGAGGUGGCUAGCCAAGGAGCCGAAGCGGUUAGAGAGUUUAUGAAGAAGAGAUGGACGGAGAUUAUGGCGGAGGAGAAACAGAGGAUUGGCGUUGAGGCUGAGAGGCAGCGACAUGGAGAUGAAAGCGGGUGGGUCUUGAUCUCAUGGGUUAGUAAUCUUGUUUCUGAUGUGACUCAGACCAUUGGAUUUGGAGGAGGAUCUGGUGGUGAUGGUGGAGAUAAGAAACCUGGUGAAUCUCAUUUCUAUCACCAAAUCUAAGUUCUGUUUCAUUUUUGUUUACUUUUGUAAUUUUGGGUGUAACAAUCUUGUGAACUCUAGCAUACCUCGUUUGCAGUUGUGUGCAAGUUUUGUAAUAUGAGAAACUUGUUCUUUUUUAAAUAAAAUAUAUUCUCAAAA